AUGAAGCCUGUAACGCGGUUAUCACUUCGCCUUGCGCCCCGGCUUGUCCAGCGCCCUGCCCUCGUCCGUCCGAUUCACUCGACCGUCGUCAAGGCCGCCAAUGUCGCUCCGGUGGUCGGCACUGGCCCGCCCCCCGAGCCGCCGAUCCAACAUGCCGAUGUCCAUCAGCGAGUCGCCAGGAGGAAGAGGCAGGCUGAGAUGCUCAAGAAUGCAAAGGAGCUGAGAAGUUCCUACGCCGGAAAGGGUGGCGGCUUGAAGAAGAGGUUCUGGAAGAACGUUACUGUUAAGGAAGUGGAUGGUGCUCUUCAAGUCUUUCUCGAUACUAGACCCUUGAGACAUCCUGUGUCAAAGGAGAUCGUCCAAAUCCCUAUCACGAAACCCGACCUCGCUUCCGCCCUCGCUUUUGAAUGGGAUCUCAUGACUUCGGCUCAGGAUGCUACAAGACAUCAUUUGAUCCCUCUUACAAGUCUCACCUGCCGAGCCCUCGAUAUCGCCGCAGAUGAUAAAGUCUCUAGAGGCGAGAUUUCAGAGAUCCGAGAAGCCAUUGCCACUUCAUUGCUACGAUACCUCGACACCGAUUCGAUUCUUUGCUGGAACCCUCCCGCCGAAAAGCACGACCGCAGAAACGACGCUGGAGAGGGACUACGAGACGUCCAGAAGCGCGUCGCCGAGGAAAUCGUGUCUUUCCUUACAACAAACGUCUGGCCAGGCAUCACCAUCAAGCCCGUCCUCGACGGCCACACUAUCAUGCCCCAGUCACAAGACCCCGGAGUCCGGGAGAUCAUCCAAGGGUGGAUCAGUGGGCUCGAUGCUUUCGAGAUUGCAGGCCUAGAGCGCGCUGUGUUGGCGGGCAAGAGUCUCAUCGCUGCGUCGCGGUUCAUCGUGGAGUGGAGCGAGGGUUCAGCCGGCAAGGGCGAGCUCAACACUGGUAAGAGGUUUGGUGUCGAGGAGGCUGCUACUGCUACCAGUCUUGAGGUGGAUUGGCAGACAGGGCAGUGGGGAGAGGUGGAGGAUACUCAUGAUGUUAACAAGGAGGAUGUGAGAAGACAGCUGGGCAGCGUUACUCUGCUUGUAUCUGGAACAGGCAAGGCUUGA